UCCAUCAACUAAUGCAAUUGCAACGUCGGAAACUGAACCACAGUGCGGCAGAGAAGAGAGACGCUUUGUUCCAGUUGUAUGCUCAAAGUUAAAGAUAGCAGAGAAGCCUCUAGUACGACGUCGUUUGUUAAAUGGUUAAAGGGCUUUCUCAGAGCGCGUUCGCUUGCUAUAGCUUAAGUGCUUGUCAAAAUAAAGCUCGUCGCAACUGAAACGUUUUGAAGCCAAAAUCCGAAGGAGAUUGGAACCCUAAAUUGCCGAAUCUACGGGGUAGCAAUACCGUUGUGAAGUCCGAAUAUGUUCUCAAUUGCAGCUAUCAAUGACACUGACUCCAAAACUAAGUGGGAGCCACUAGCUCCGACGAAAGAAGCCCAGGAAUUUCAUCUUUCUCAAACUUAUCAUGACGGGCUUCUCAAGUUACAAGCAAAAGAGUACGAGAAGUCUCGCGAACUCUUGGAAUCUGUUCUUAAAGACCCUCUCAUUGCUAAUGCUCAGGUGAAUAGCACUGCCAGUGAUGGUCAUCUAUUGCAACUCAGAUUUUUGGCAUUGAAAAACCUUGCUGUUGUAUUUCUUAAGCAAGGCUCCACAUUUUAUGAGAAUGCUUUACGCUGUUAUCUUCAAGCUGUGGAGAUCGAUUCUAAAGAUUCUGUUGUUUGGAACCAGCUUGGUACAUUAUCAUGCUCAAUGGGCUCGCUGAGUAUUUCACGUUGGGCAUUUGAGCAAGGCCUGUUGUGUAGCCCUAAUAACUGGAAUUGCAUGGAGAAGCUUUUGGAAGUUCUUAUUGCAAUUGGUGACGAGGUUGCUUGCCUUUCUGUUGCUGAAUUGAUUUUGAGGCACUGGCCAUCACAUGCUCGUGCUUUGUAUGUUAAAAGUACCAUUGAAGAAUCAGAAAUUUUACCAUUUGCUCCAAGAGGCAUAGACAAAUUGGAGCCUAAACAUGUGCGACUCAAAUUUCCUAACAAGAGAAAAACUUCUAAUGACAAUGCAGAUGAGGAUGUUGUAUUCAAAAAGCUUAAACAGAAUAAAGAACUUCACCUGACAGAAGUUUCCUGGGUGGCUCUUGCUGAUGCACUCCUGGAAAUCUUAUCACCACAAAGUGAGAUAGAUCCUGAAAAGGCGUUAACUUCUCCUGAUAUUAAGCUAAGCAUAAUCUUACCACAUAGCUCAGAAGCUGUUUUGAACACUGUGGAAAUGAAAGGGUCCAAUGGUGAUAAUAGUGUUUUUGGUGAUGGUAACAUAGAACAAUCAAGUGCUCUUAAAGAGAAAGAAGCAAACACUCAAGAAGAACAGCCACAUGAAAGGAGAAGUUCUCGACUUGAAAGGCUCCGAAGUCGUAAACCAGGGAAAGAAGAAUCUGAUUCUUCUUAUGGCAAGGACCCUACUAAGGUUGUCAUUCAAUAUCUAGAGCCAUUUAUUGCAGGUGGAUUGGAGGGUCAAAAUACAAUCGAUAGAGAGACCACAAGUCUACCUUGUUUAGGAAAUUCUGAAUAUUAUAAUGUUUCUGCAUUUGUAAGAGAGACCUCAAACAAUUAUGGUGCUUAUCAUAUGGGGCACUUGCUUUUAGAAGAGGUUGCAAAACAAGGUCUCACAUACCAGGAUGCUUUUGUCAAAUUUCUGGAGUUGGAAAAGUUGACUAGGCAUUGGGGAAAAGAGAGAACUGCUGAAUGUAAUGUUUUCCUUGCUGAGUUGUAUUAUGAUUUUGGAUCAUGCUCUCCCAUUGGUUCUAAUCAGUCAGAAUUUAUUUCUGAGACAUCUUACCAUCUUUGUAAGAUCAUAGAAUCUGUAGCUUUAGAUUACCCUUUUCACUUUACUAAUGCCUUGAAUGAAGGUUGUUUUUUGAUUGAUAGCAUCCAGGAGACCAGUGUAAAAACAAUAGAUACCUCAAUGACAAGCAAUUUAAAUUUAGACAGCUCACUUUUGAUGAAAAACAGUUCUCUUUGGGCUCGAUUUUUCUGGCUAAGUGGGAGAUUGUCUAUUGUUGAUGGCAACAUGGCAAAAGCUUGUGAAGAGUUCUGUAUUGCUUUGUCACUUUUGGCCAAGAGAGAAAAUGUGGAAGAUUCCCUCUGUUCAGUCUCCCGUCCACAUUGCAAGGCUGUAAAAGAACUAAACUUUGAUAGAGUUCUUGAUGAAAUUAAUAUAUUGAAGGUCAACUUCUUGAUGGAGAAUUCUGUCAUUAAGAUGAUGGAGCAUGAAAAGUAUUUGGAGUGUGUAUCCCUGCUUUCUCCACUUCUAUUCUGCAUGCGGGAUGUCUAUCCUGAUUCAUUCCCUUUAUCCAUGGCAGAUAAAAAGGAUGAAAAGAUAACUUCCACUGAGCUCAUGGCUGUAGACGUUCUAAUGGAAGCAUGCCAAAAGACAAAGCCAAUGGAUGUGGAGAUGUAUUUCAAUUGUCAUUAUAGGAAGCUGAAAAUACUUAUGACAAAGAUGGGUUUAAGUACAUGUAUUAAAUCAUUCAAAUCCUCUGAUCAAGCACCUCAUUUAAAUGCAUCUCCUAAUUUUGAUAUUGAUUCAAGGGAAAGUCCUAGUAAGCACUGUAGUCACUGGGUUGUGGAUGAAGUGAAAGCACUUUCUGACUGUAUCUCACAAGUGAAGAAAAUUAUUGAUCAACGUGGAGAUUCUGGUGGCCUUUCUGUUCCAAAAAGUAGCAUUUCUCAAAUGCAAUCUCUGCUGUUGUUAAUCAUUAGCUAUGUUGCCAGCAUACUGGUCUUCAAUAAAGCUUCAGCAGAAGAACUUUCAGAUCAGGCUGAAAGCAGAUGUUUUGUUGAUGCAGUUGUUGUUUUCUGCAAACUCCAGCAUCUUAGCCCAACCACACCAAUCAAAACUCAAGUUGAUUUAAUUGUUGCAACACAUGACCUGCUUGCUGAAUAUGGGCUUUGCUGUUUGGGUGAAGGUGGAAAAGGUGAAGAAGGAACAUUUCUUAGAUUUGCAAUAAAGCAUCUUUUGGCCUUGGACAUGAAGCUUAAAUCUAGCUUUAGCCAUAAAGAAUCAAUGCAAUGUGAAGAAGUGUCCAAAAAUAGUCUUGUCAAUGUGUCUCUGGAAGAAUCAAAAUCAGACACAUUAGGCAUCCAGAUGGACUGGACCAAAAUUGAUGAAAUUAAUUCAGUUAAAAAGGAUGUUUCUGAAGGAGUAAUAUCCGAAGAUAUAUUCUCAUGCAGAAUUCAUGAUAAAGACAGCAAGGAAGUAGAGUGUGAAAAUCAUGGAGGUGCUGGCACUGACAGUAAGUUAAUUAUGGUUGAAAAUUCAAGCAAUCAAUCAAUUGAAUGUGGAAAUGAACUUUCUGAAGAUGAACGGGAGGAACUUGAGUCUAAAAUUGAUUGUGCUUUAGAUCAGUGCUUUUUCUGUUUAUAUGGAUUACAUCUAAGAUCGGAUUCAUCGUAUGAGGAUGAUCUAGUCAUGCACAAAAACACAAGCCGAGGAGAUUAUCAAACUAAAGAACAAUGUGCUGAUGUUUUUAAGUAUGUUCUUCCAUAUGCAAAGUCAUCCUCUAGGACGGGACUGGUCAAACUUCGUAGAGUUUUAAGAGCUAUCAGGAAACACUUUCUGCAGCCACCUGAGGACCUCUUGGAAGGAAACCCUAUAGAUAAGUUCCUAGAUGAUCCUAAUCUAUGUGAGGAAAAGCUCUCAGAGGAGGCUGGAUCUGAUGGAUUUCUUGAUUCUAUUACGGAGAGAAUGUUUCCUGAUGUGGGUGGCAUUGUUCAGUAUAAUGGAACAUUGUUGAGAAGGUCUGAGCCAUAUUUGGAGGUCUACUGCAACUUGUAUUAUUUCUUAGCUCUGUCUGAGGAAAUGAGUGCAACAGAUAAGUGGCCUGGAUUUGUUCUGACCAAGGAAGGGGAAGAAUUUGUUCAACAAAAUGCAAAGCUCUUCAAAUAUGAUCUCAUUUACAAUCCUCUGCGCUUUGAAAGCUGGCAGAGACUUGGAAAUAUUUAUGAUGAGGAAGUAGAUUUGUUGCUAAAUGAUGGUAGCAAGCAUGUUAAUGUAGUUGGCUGGAGGAAGAAUGCUACUUUGUCCGAGAGAGUGGAAACAAGUAGAAGGAGGAGUAGACGUUGCCUACUAAUGAGUUUAGCUUUGGCAAAGACAUCUGCCCAACAGUGUGAGAUACAUGAGUUAUUGGCGUUGGUAUACUAUGACAGUCUUCAAAAUGUAGUCCCAUUUUAUGAUCAGAGAUCUGUUUUGCCCUUAAAGGAUGCAGCGUGGAUGACAUUUUGUGAGAAUUCAAUGAAACAUUUUAAGAAAGCCUUCACACUUAAGCAAGAUUGGUUGCAUGCCUUUUACUUGGGUAAACUCAGCGAAAAACUUGGAUAUUCACAUGAAAUUGCCAUAUCAUAUUACAAUAAAGCUAUUGGUUUGAACAUAUCAGCGGUUGAUCCUGUCUAUAGGAUGCAUGCCUCACGCUUGAAAUUAUUAUUUAAGCAUGGAAAGCAGAAUUUUGAGAUUUUGAAGGUUCUAUCAGCAAACUCCUUUAAUCAAUCUGUAAAAGAAGCUGUAACAAGUAUUCUUAGUGGUGUGGAAACAAACCAUGAAGAUUUGCUCAAAUUGGAUACUGUAUGGUCUAUGCUUUACAAUGAUUGCCUUUCUGCUCUUGAAAUGUGUGUGGAGGGGGAUCUCAAACAUUUUCAUAAGGCUAGAUACAUGCUGGCACAAGGGCUAUACAAAAGAGGUGAGAGUGGUGAUAUAGAGAGGGCAAAGGAUCAUCUAUCUUUCUGCUUCAAAUCUUCACGCUCGUCGUUUACAAUAAAUAUGUGGGAAAUUGAUAGCAUGGUGAAAAAAGGAAGGCGGAAGACACCAGGUUCUGCUGGCAACAAAAAGGCCCUUGAGGUUAACUUACCAGAAAGUUCUCGAAAAUUUAUUACUUGCAUUAGGAAGUAUUUGGUGUUUUAUCUCAAACUAUUGGAGGAAACUGGAGAUAGAUGUAUUCUUGAACGUUCGUAUACUGCUCUUCGGGCAGAUAAACGGUUUUCAUUAUGCAUUGAAGAUCUUAUACCAGUGGCUAUCGGUAGAUAUCUAAAGGCUCUGAUUUCAACUAUCCGCCAUUCUCAGACUGCUGCCUCUGGUUCAGUGACCAGUUAUGACAAUGUGCUGGAGAGAAUGUUUGCAUUGUUCAUGGAACAAGGGAGCCUAUGGCCAGAGAUAUGCAGCUUGACUGAAAUUGAAGGCUCGGAUAUGUCAGAGAGUAUCAUAUAUGGAUAUCUUCAUGACUAUAUUGUAUUAUUGGAGAAAAAUGGAAAACUGGAAACUCUUGAAACAAUAAAUGAGAAGAUUCGGAAGCGUUCUAAGAAUCCAAAGUUCUCUGACAGUAAUUCUGCAGAAAUUGGCAGGCAUGCUUCUGUCGCUUGGUGCCGAUCUCUUAUAUAUAAUUUGGCACAAAUAACUCCAUUAUCAUGUGCAUUCUCAAAUGGGAUUCCGGCCCAUAGUUUGAUGGAAAGUGGGAUGGAUAAUAGCCAGUUGCUCUGCAUUGAUUUGCAGCCAAAUGAAUUAUGGAGUACAGCUUUUCAAGAUCCAGCUCCUUUGGAAAAGAUUGAAACAAGAUGGAGCUCCGUUUUAGGAAAAAUAAAAAAUAUCAUCAUUAACAAAGCCUCUGAGGAGAAUUUGGAAACUGCAAACACUUUGCUCAGAGCAUGCUAUAAUUUUUAUCGGGAGAGUUCUUCAGUAGUGCUUACCUCCGGACUCAACUUUUAUUUGAUUCCAUCACAAUUAAUUACACAUAUAUCAUUCAACCCAAGUACAGCUGGGAUUGAUGCACUUGAUCUGAGCAUACCAAGGAAGCUUCUCUUGUGGGCCUAUGUUUUAUCGCAUGGACGAUGUUCAAGUAUCUCAAUUGUUGUGAAGCAUUGUGAAGAAAUUUCGAAGGUAUGUAUGUCAAAGAUGAAAAGAGGAAGUGGAACGUCACCUGCGUUAUCAAACACAUCUCCUGCCCCUAAUCUUUCAGGUAGCGGUAAAAACGGACCAAUUUCUGGCGGAGGCAUUGACUUUGAUUCUCCGCAUGUUGCAACAGUGCCUAGCGGCAAUACCACUAAUCUUGUGAAUUCACAUUCCUCCGAUGACGUUCAGAGGAAUCUCUUUGCUUCUCCCCAGUUGCAUCAAUGCACCACUAACGACGCAGAAAGAAGCAAUUUGAUAGCACAUGAAGGAGAUGCAGAGGGAGAUUGACUUCUUGCUCCUCCCACCAAUUUUAUUACUGCACCAUCUUCAAUCGUAUGUAUUUUCAACUUGUAAAUCCCAUUUUAGUGAUAAAAAAUGUAAAUAAGGUUUUAUUUGCUAAGAUUUUUUUCAUCGCAUGAUGGCUGUAGAUAGUGCCUCUGCCUUUAAAGCGAGAGAUGAUGAAUUUUAACACAAUUUAACAUUAAUGUAUAUAUUUUCUGUAAUUUCUAAAA